GACCCAGCUCCCAGCAGACAAGGUCCUAUUGAACAGUCAGACACAGAGAAUGGUCUACAAGAACUGUCUCAUUGUCCUGCUCCUGGUGGGCUCCCUGAGUGCAGAAACCGACUCCGAGCAGAAUGAUUCCCUGGGCACCAGGAAGGCCAGGGUGGCAGCCCACAACUCAGUGGAAGUUAUUCGCUGUUUGAAUGGAGCUCUGCAAGUUGGCUGUGGAGCCUUUGCUUGCCUGGAAAACACGACCUGUGACACAGAUGGAUUGUAUGAUAUCUGCAAAUCUUUCCUGUACAGCGCUGCCAAGUUUGACACUCAGGGUAAGCUGUUCGUGAAGGAGAGUCUGAAGUGCAUAGUCAAUGGUAUAAAUGCUAAAAUAUUCAUGGCCAUUAGAAGGUGUUCCAGCUUGCAAAGGCUGAUAUCAGAAGUUCAAGUGGAUUGUUACACCAAGCUGGAUAUCUGCAUUGUGGCCCGUUAUAAUCCCGAAGCCAUCAUUGAGGUUCUAAAUCUACCCCAACACUUUUCAAACAGGUAUUACAACAAACUGCUGGGCAGCCUACUGGAUUGUGAUGAAGAAACAGCUACUGCUGUGAAAAACAAUUUAAUGGAUCAGAUUGGACCCAAUCUAGCUAGCCUCUUUAAAGUUCUGCACGGUGACAGGUGUCCCCAGAUUCCACCCAAAGCAGACUUCAACCGCAAGAGAAACGUGGACCCCCAGAAACUACGGGUCUACCGAACCAACCUUCGUGGUGCAGGAAUUGGUCACGACUCCUUGGAAUUGGACUAGCAGGAGUCCUGGCGGAAAAGGUGUAAAUGAAAGUACUGAGAGGGGUAACAUAAAAGUGGACUACAUGUUCCUUUCUGGAUUUCAACAUUUUAAAUGUAGCAGUAGUUUAUCUGUUGUCUUGUUUGUUUUUUGCUUUUUUAGAUUGAAAAUUAAUGUAUUUUUUAGAAGGAGCUAUGCGUUGAGUAUGGUUCAAUCUCCUUUAAUUACUAUUUAUUUUGGGGUGAUCAGAGAGCCCAUAAGAAAUAUACUUCAGAGGGGUUUCUACUUGUUUUGCUGCCAUGUUUUCCAUGCGUUACCCUUUUUAUUUUGUAGUGUUGAAGAUGAAACUUCUUUUAAUGCUCCACUGGGGAGAGAGGGUUCCAAACUACAGCUAAUGUUACCUUAAUAUUUAUUUAGAUUUUUUUUUUGCAUGAACAUUCUGUAUCUGUUGUCCAAGUAUGUCACAGAUGAUUCCUUCUGCAGUAUUAGAGGGGUAAUGUCUCCUCCAUGUGCCUUAGUUCUAUUACUGGACCUGGUUUUAUGCAAGAUCUUUUCCAGAAUAUUGGUUUGUUCAUAAAAUCGUUAAAGGCAAGUUUUGCUAUAGAGAAUGUAAAUUUCAUGUUUAGCAUCCUGACACCAGGAUGUAUACCAGCGUGCAAGAGGCUGGCUUUUGUUUUCCACAUCUGAGCAUUUAAAAUUCUCUAUCUUCUGUUCACCUAAUGAUAAAUAUACUUUUUAAUAAAUGGCAAACACUUAUCUAUA